GUUGCAAAUCUCUACUGCUUAACAAGAUGAAAUAUUUUGCGCUACUUUUGCUGCUCUGCACGCUGCUGUGCAGCACUUGGGCUGGGCUUAAGAAUCCUGCUUGUGGUGAGGAAUUUGGCUUAAUGGGCUCGUGUCGCUCCCAGCAGCCCAAGUGGACUUAUCGUCGUGAUACCAAUGAAUGCGUUAACUUCAAUUAUGGCGGCUGCGAGGGCAAUCAGAAUAGAUUCGAUACCAAGGUCCUUUGCGAAAAGACCUGCAAAGUUUAAGCUGUACAAGCAAAUUUGAAAUAAAUUAUAUAAUUGUGGAAA